CAGGGCGCUAUGUUGUUAGCGGUAAACGUUGUUCAGAGUACCCAGGUAGACAUUUAGUUACAGAAUGAGAUGAAAACAUGACAAAGUCUAAGUCCUUCCAUACUUAGGGGCUGUGAGAGGUUACUCGGCCAACACCACUUAGUGGCAUCGAUUACACUUCAAAGGUUAUAUGGAAAAGUUACCUCGCCUGCUCAUAUCAUGAGUAGAUUCGAGCUAUAUUAGAGAACUCUAGUAUUCCUACUCUUCGCAUUUGACUAUAUAACGAAGACUUACUUUUGCUUUUCAUUCCCCUUUUUUUCUUCACUUCCAUCUUCGAUCUUCCCACUUUCACCCUUACAAUCUUCCUAUAUUAUAGGAUAUUUUUACAGCCUUAUUACAUUACAUCAAAAGCUCUUCUAAGGCGAAAUAUUGCUCUCAGAACAACCUCAAUCUCACUACAUACGGGAACAAAUUCCACAUUCCAUUAUACAUACUACCUAUCAUAUCACCACAACUUUUGAUAUCUCUACCAAGAGAGGCAACUGAGAGAAUGUCUUCCCCGCUGUCCAAGGGAUCAUCUACGCCGGGUCGUGUCCGAGAGCCCGUAGCCGACUUACCAGCACCUGAACUGUUGGUUCCGAAACCUCGAGACUCGUCUACCCCCCUUCUUUCUCCACCACCAUACCGAGGUCUCGGGCACCACCGCGAUCACGGAAGCCAUAGUGGUAGCUAUUACUAUCACUACCAGCAGUACCACCGACGAUAUGAACCCCGCACUCCCACGGUAAACACAGUCGGUAUGAACCAAAGCUCAGUUGAUCCGCACCCCAGAUCCGCAGCAGCCAGACCCGGAAGCCUACCCCAACAUGCAUCUCCCUCCUCCAACGACUCAGCGCGUCAUCAACAGCGGACCAUCGAGCCCGAGCGUAGUUCUCCCAGCUACCGCGCCGCCAGCCUCGCCCGCCUGGGGAUCCAUCUGGACUUCCGACAACCACAGGACAGCAACUUCUUUGCUCGCCCCUCCUCCCCCUCCCCCUCCUAUCCUCGCGUCGUGUCCAUCGCUCCGACAGAUGACGAGAAGGUAUCAGAUGAUGAGGAUAGUGGUCAUUCGCUCAGCAGUAGCUGGGAGCAUGUAGAAGAAAACCCCGACGACGACGAUGAAACACAACAUUCGGAUACCUCGGGCGGGUCCAUGGUGAUUAUACGCAAGAAGAUGAACACAGAGAUUGGAGCAGCGGGGAAGGAAAAGGAAAACGAGGACGAGGACGACGGAGAGUGGGUGGACUUGGGAAGGGAUGUGAAAGAGCUGCAGACACAGGCACAGAUGCACAAGCGAAGUACCCAGGCACGCAAGGGUGGGCUUCCGCAAAACAACAAUAACAGUAAUAGCAGGGACGACGAGCUUUCCCCUGGUCAGGGAGACCAGCGCGCGAAGGUGCACCCUCUGUUCGCUCAGAAGUAUGGGAAGAAGCCUGGCUGGAUAAACUUUGGAAGAUGGCUGUGAACUGGCCGGCCGGCUGGCUAUCUUUAGGCGCUAUUUAUACUCGUAGAUACCUUCCUGGGCAUGUAGCUAUUAUACAGAG